ACGCAGUCUCAAUUGUGAUUGAUAAUCAAUGGAUGCAUCCAUUGAACCUGUUGAAAUGAUCACACUAUUGUCAGUUUAACCUUUUAACCUAACCAAUUUAAACUCUCAAUUUGUUUCUUCAAACUUUCUUUACAAUUUUUUUGUACAACAUUUAUUAAUUGUUCAUCAUUUCAAAUUAAAUAACCAGAAAAAACGGUAAAAAAAACUGGUUCCACAAAAAGCACAAGUUGCUUCCAAUGUAAAGUAAACUUGAAAACACACAAAACCUUUCCAAUUGUUUCGACAAAACUGUUUAAUUGCUGCACAAAUUUUACCAAAAGUUAACAUCUAACUGUGAUCAACAUGACUGGUGAUUCAAAUUAUCAGGGUUACAAUAUGAUUGGUAAAGUUGUUACGUUAGUCAAAAGUUGGAGAGGAUCAAGAAAAUUACUUGUCGUAAUUGUUGCAAUUGCCAUCUUUUUGGAUAACAUGUUGUUAACCUGUGUUGUGCCAAUAAUACCAGCUUUUUUGUAUGAAACUCAUCAUACUGAGAAGAUGAUUAAACUAAAUGCAAGUCGAUUGUUAACCACAACUUCAACCACAACCAAUUCACCUGAAGAAACUCCAAUAUUGAUAAGUUCACUUGAAAAUCAAUUAGCAAAUAGUAAUGUUAAUAAUAAGUUUAAUAGCAAUACCAACAAUGUAAGAAGUAAUAAUAGGAAAAGUUUCAAGUCAAUGGACAGUUUUCAUGGUAAUGCUGAGUGUACUUGUCCAACAAAUGUUAUCUCAUCCUCUGGUACUACAAGCUCAUCAAUAACCUCACCAUCAUCCUAUGAAACCACAACUGAAUUGAUGACUCCUGAAAAAGAGGCUAAACAAUUAAAGCAUAAAGAGUUGGUCGAGGAAUCAACUGAAGUCGGAGUUUUAUUUGCUUCUAAGCCAGUUAUUCAAGCAAUUACAAAUCCCUUCAUCGGACCAUUGACCAAUAAAAUUGGAUAUUCAAUUCCCAUGUUUGCUGGAUUCUUAAUAAUGUUUCUAUCAACAUUGAUUUUUGCCGUCGGUAAAUCAUAUCCAUUGUUGUUAAUAGCAAGAUCCCUUCAGGGUGUCGGCUCAGCGUGUACUUCAGUCGCUGGUAUGGGAAUGCUGGCUGAAAGAUAUCCAGAUGACCGUGAACGAGGUAACGCCAUGGCAAUAGCUCUUGGUGGGUUAGCUUUAGGUGUCUUAAUUGGACCUCCUUUCGGUGGGGUCAUGUAUGAGUUUGUUGGCCGAGCUUCACCUUUCCUGGUCCUGUCAGCCUUGGCAUUGCUGGAUGGAGUUCUUCAAUUAUUUGUGCUUCAGCCUGCAGUAACUCCGGAUCCACAGGAAGGUGCAUCGAUAUUAACUUUAAUUAAAGAUCCAUAUAUAUUGGUUGCUGCUGGAGCAAUUACUUUCGCUAAUGUUGGCAUUGGAAUUCUUGAACCAGCUCUUCCUCUUUGGAUGAUGGAUACAAUGAAUGCUCCAAAUUGGGAACAAGGAGCUGCUUUUCUUCCAGCCUCAAUAUCAUAUUUAAUAGGAACCAAUGUUUUUGGUCCAUUGGGUCACAAAAUGGGUCGAUGGCUUGCUUCAAUGAUUGGUAUUAUUGCCAUUGGAUGCGCUCUUAUUUAUAUUCCUAUGGCCACAAGUUUUGAACAAUUAAUUUUACCAAAUGGUGUGAUUGGUUUUUCCAUUGGAAUGGUGGAUUCAUCAAUGAUGCCAAUGCUAGGUUAUUUGGUUGAUAUCAGACACAAAUCAAUUUAUGGUAAUGUCUACGCAAUUGGUGAUGUUGCUUUUUGUGUUGGAUUUAUAUUUGGUCCUUUUCUUAGUGGAACUAUGCUUCGUUUGUUUGGUUUUGAAGGAUUGGUAACAAUUACUGCCUCGCUUUGCUUCAUGUUUGCACCAUUUAUGUUACUCCUGAGGAAACCUCCAGCAAUUGCCGAGAAUCAGUCCUUAUUACAAGAUGUGGCCGUGAAGUAUGUUAAUUAUACCAAUGAAUUGACACCUGAAGAGGAGAUGGCUGCCAAAAAGAAUAGUUCAACACCUCUUGUUCCUUAAUCAUUUAAAUUCCAAAUAAAUCGCCAUUGAUUGUCUUGAUUGAGUGACUGUUAAAAUAAGUGAUUGAUUUAUCUUAAAUAAGUGAUUUCAAUACUCAUGCCAAAAUGUAAGCUAAUUUACUGCUCUUAACCUAAUGUUGGUGAUAUUAUUAAUAUGUGCAAACAAGCAAAAAAAACAUUGAUUUGAUUUACUUUGUGAAACAAAAAUUAUUCAUUAUUAGACACACACACAUUUAAAGUCAAACGCUAGGCAAACCAAAAAAACGUUUGACAAAAACUAAGCAAAAGAAUUGAGUAAAUCAAAAGAUAAAUGUUAUGUAUAACUAACACAGAAAAGUAAUCCAAAUGGAAUCAAAUAAUUUGAUUGUAAAACGUUUUCUUUCUGAUAAACUAAUGUGUAUUAAUGACAAUGUCUGUGAUUUCAAUUAUUGUAUUUAUGCUAAUAAAACAAAACUUGGCCCAAUA